AGAUGUGAUAAUUCGAUCCCCGAGAGAUCGAUUUCUACCCGCAGAUUCAGGCGGGUAGUGUAGACCUAGCCUCAGAGAAGAGCUGGUACUGGACCAUUUUCUGUAGCUCUAGUCCCUUUAUUCUACAGGCUGAGCUGUGUUCAAAAGCAUUUCUGAAGCAGUUUCAGGUAAUGCAGUUUUGCCAGCCUGUUUACAACUUCUUUCCUUUAAACUAAUUAAACUGCUCAUGCCAAAGGCUGUGCCUACCCUAGACUUUUCAUUUCAACUUCCUUACUCCGGAGGAGGAAAUUUCAUUCUUUCUUAUCCAGUAGUCCUGCUCCACCAGCUGUGAUAGCCUAGAUGGCCUAGUGACUAGCUGCCAGCAUUUUAACACUAUCUAGAAGAACAAUUGGUCCUUAAAAUGUGAGUGGCUAGUCUAUACAAGUGUGUGUCUCUCUUCCCCCAUCCACACCCUCCGUAACAUUUUUAAGUAGUGUAGACAAGGCCUUGUCUAUCCAGGUGCCAAUUCAGCCCCAUUGUGCCCAGCCUAGGUGUCGGGGAGUCAUUAAUUAACUACACUGUAGGGACUAUGCUGACAGCAGAGCUGAGCGUUAAGGCUUGCCCUGGUGACCUCACAAAGGCACCCUGGGUGACCGGAUGGUUGUAAUCCCCUGGACCUCGCAGUGCUGUUUGGGGCUAGAUGAGAAGCAAGAGAUUGAGGAGAGGCUUGAGAGCAGAGGUGGCCGGGAAGCUCGGGCGUGCGGCCGCAGGGAAGCGAACUAGCUGUGCUAUGUAGUUCACUUAGUACCGUUCUCACCUGCUGCAGCGAAUCCGGCUUCCGGCCGGGGCUAGCCCUGUCCCUGGCGCUUAUAGAAACUUUCUCCGAAAUACGCCCUUGGAGGGGCUGCUAUUAAAGCGGCUCUCGGUCCCAGAGCUUCUGCUGGAGGGGGAGAGACAGCGGCUCUAGCUCCAGCCCGCCGCAAGGAUGUCGCCUCCCGUGACUCCGCCCACCAAGAAGUGCAUCUGCCAGCUGUGCUCCUGCGGGCGCCACCAUUGCCCACAUCUUCCCACCAGGAUCUAUGAGAAGAGCGAGAAGCCAUGCUUCCUGUCGGAGUACGUGGAGCAAUACCCCCUGUAUCCCUACGCCCAUCCCAGAGACUCGUUCAAGCCCAAGGCAGAAUACCAGAAGCAGCCAGUGGCUGUGGAAGGAAUGACAACUUUCAAGAGAGAUUACGUACCUCAUGAAGUGUUGCCAGUGAAAUUCAAACCACCUGAAAAGUAUGUCAAGAGUGACGAGAACAUGGAUUUAAUCUCAAUAUAUAAACAAGACUACAACCCCUAUCCUAUCUGUCGAGUUCCUCCCUGCUUGCCCCGUGAGACUAACUACACCUCCAAUGUCAAGAUGGACACAAUACCUACGUACAAAGGUGAUUAUGUGCCAUGGAAUGAAUCAAAACGAGAGAUGAUUAAACCAGACAAUAAAUACCAUCCAUCAGAAGCAAAAUUUGACUACAGAACCACUGUCCAGGAUGAUUAUGUAUAUAAGGGACCAGUCGCCACUCACAGCUGCAAACCUCUGAAUCCAGCCCACAUGACCAAGGCACCUUUGGAGGACCUGACAAAUUAUAAAUUGAAUUAUGUACCACAUCCCUUGGAGAAACGCUUUGUCCAUGAGUAUGAGAAGUAUAAACCCAGUGAAACCCCAUUUGAUGGCCUCACCACCCACAAACAAUCAUACAAGGGUCUGGCUGGCCCGCCUGCCAAGAUAGUGAAACCGUACCAGUCAAUGCCAACCCACGAUCUCCCAUUUUCCUCUUCCACAGAGUUUCGGGAAAAAUACCAAGCUUGGCCACAGCACCCCAUGUUCACCAGAAAACCUGAUGUGUAUGUGCCCCCCGUAGAGAAAAUGGACCUUCAGACAACUACUCAGACUCAUUACACAUACCCUAAGGGACAGCCAGCCAAGGCAUGUCGGCCCUUGGGCCAUGUUCAGAAAACCACUGCACCCUUUGACAGCUGCUCCACCAUGAAGGAUGAUUACAAGCCAUGGCAUGGUAAGAAAGCAAAACCCAUCAUACCUGUCUCAGAACUUACUUUGCCAGCAGAACCAAUGGAGAACCUGACCACCUUUCGGGCCCAUUACGUGCCUCACCCCCCCACUUUAACUAAGAGCUUUAAGCCGGGUUGGUCAGCUGCACGGCCUAACAUGCCACUCGAUGCAGAAACCACCUACGCCACCAGCUACACACCGAAGGAAAUUGUCAAAUGCCUUGCCUCCUACAAGGAACCCCCAGGCUAUGUGCUUCAAGAAAUCGAUGCUGUCGGUCACAAGUUCUACCGCCCUGUUUCAGAGGCUGAACGCCCAAUGAGUUCAAAGAGUAAAGAGCGAAGAAGCAGCUUUUCUGGGAAUGGACUAUACCUACCUGGCCCAAAGGAACUACCAAUGACAGCCUGA